AUGCGCCGCCUUUGCCAUGCUCUGCUGCUGCUGCUUUCGCAACGCCUGGCACGAUGCCCGCCGGCAUGCUGCCUGCUUCUGCCACUGCUCGUGCUUUGCCUUUGUUGCCUGCCUUUUCUGCGUCCGCUGCUCCUGCUGCUUCCGCACACUCCUCUUCCGACCGAUCUUUCAGCUUGUCCUCUGUCCCUUCGCGGGGAUCCAGAGGGCGCUCGGGCCCUUUUUGGGUCCGGGCCGGACGGCCGUGGUCCACCGAUAUCGGACCCGGCGUCCUUCCGCCCACCGCGCCCCGAUUCCUACGGGCCGGUGGCUGGCCGCGGUGGAGCCUCGCUCCCCGAUGAGCCCAUGAGCGAGCAUCCGGGUGCACCCCAUGAUUCCGUCGCAACGAUUACCGCGGCGGGUCAUGGUGGUGCCGCCCCCGCCAUCGAUAACGGCGGGUGGCAUACCGGACCCUGUGCUGUCAGGGCCCUGGUCGAUGAAGCCAUUGGGUCGGAAGCAUCCGCGCGCAUCGCCACCGAUAUUCUGGCGAUCGCGCAGGGUGUGACCAACACCCAAGCCGACCUCGAUAUACUGAGGAACGGCGUCUCGGAUAUCACCGAAGCGCUUGAGAGCAAGAUCCGAGACAUGUGGGAGCUUCUUCAGGCCGAAUUGAGGAAAGAGCGUGAGCUGUUCAUGCAGUUUCAGGACUCUUUCCGCGAGAGGCGGAUUUCUGAUCACGAGACGCUUGAAGAUCAUUUUGCGAAGCUCACCUCGACGAUCAAUGAUCGACUUAUUGAGUUCGAUGAGCGGAUCUAUCAGUUCAACGAAAAGCGUGCUGGAUCGCUAUCCAUGCAGCUUGCCGAAACGAUCCGCCACAUCAAGCAGUACCCAGACGCGCUGCGGCAGAUUCAGAUCAAUAUCUCUAAUGCCGAAGCGCGCGUUGCUGCUGUGGAGCAGAAUGCUACUCACCGCAUCGAAGUCAUCAGAUCCGAGAUGAGUCGCGCUCUCUACGAUCAUAAGGAGAGUAACCGAGCUCAUAUCGAUCAGCUGACUGCUCGGAUCCAGCACCUCGAGAACGCUCAUGUCCGCAGAGGCGGUUCUGAUAGAUCGACGCCUUCGCAUCCGGAACGAACGCAGUUCUUCGAUAUCAGUGACCAUGGUGGGGAUAUUCCACGCCCCGCGGACCUGCCGCCAGUUCCAGGUGCUCUAUUCCCUGGCGGACCGACUACGGCCAUUCCGAGGUCUUCCCUGUUGGGUCCGAUCGAUCAUGGCUCUCCGCCGGGAUGCAACGCUGCGCCUGCUGAAAAAGCCUCAACGGUUCACUCUCAGACGAGUGGAAUCAAUCUCGAUGAAAUUCUGAGGCGAGCGCAGCAACGAGUCGCUGACGAACAACCUGCCGAAAGUCGCGGGCAAAAUAAUCCCGUUGAGCCCCUUCGACAUAAUUUUGGCCAAACGUCGGCGUGUUUCUCAGGAAGAUCGCCGAAUCAGGCCGUUCCUUCCGCAAAUGCCGCCGGAGCGACUUCCGGUCAGACUCCGAGCCUCAGGCCAUUUCAAGUCGAUGAUGCUCCUCGCACUGACAUCCAACACGUCCCUGAAGCCCGGAGCUUCGCUCCUGAGCCCAGGUCAAGUCCGACCUUCCCAUGCCAAAUCUCCUAUGAUACUCGAACUGUCCCGGCUGGGAAGGGACCAUCACGAUGGUAUGCUGCGAUGCUUGGCCGGUCAAAUCUCAUUGGCAACAUGCCUCCGAUGCCUACCUUCAACGCCAGAACGUCCGUUCCUGCACCCAGUGCCGCGCCAUCCGGAUUUGGUGGACCGCCGCCCGCGCAUAACGGAGGCGGCGGUUAUUCUGGUGGUGAUGGGCCCAACGACAACGGGGGUGCAUAUGGCGGUGCAUGGUUUCGUGGGACAUGGACACCACGGGUGGUGGCCCACCUGACGGCCCACCCGGUGGUCCGCCUGGUGGUGGUGGCCCUCCUGAUGGGAGUGGUCCGCCUGAUGGCGGCCUUGAUCCGCCUAGCAUCAGGCCAUCCGGUCGGCCGAGUGGGAGCGAUACGUUCCAGUGCGAACGCUGCACCGGAACUUUCCCGACCACCGUGCGACGAUCAUGCAUCUCUUGCCGAUUUUCGUGCUGCAACGGAUAGACAGACUGGGAAUCCACCUGGUCCCAACGAUUCGGGAUUCGGUGGACCCAAGGGCGAUGGAUCGCUGAGCGAGGCCAAGAAGGCAAAGUGCAAGUCCUUUCGUCUCGAUCCCGAGCCGGAGCCUGCUCAGCUGCGACGCUGGAUCGUCGAUAUGAAAGAGCGAGUCGCGAACGCAUUCGCCUACGAUCCCGGAUACGCACUCUCAUGGGUUGAGAUUCCCGAUGGUACGCGAUAUGAGGAUCUCCUCGAUGAGUGCAAGUACGGAAUGCUUGAAAAUGAAAGCAACUCUGCGUUCCGCGAGUGCGUCCGAUCCAUUGCACUGAAGAAUAAGAUCCAGACCGAGACCGAGCGCAUGCAUACGAUAAACCGGCGACUCGGAAGUAGGCAGAUCUUGUGGCUAUUGUAUGAUUUCCUUCGACCACACGUCACCGGCGAUUUGACUUUUAAGCUCGUUGACCUGAUGAAGACCAGGAUUGAUCGGUUUACUCAUGGGUCCGAGCAGGAAAGGCUGGAAGCCUUCUCCAAUUCAAUCGGUGUUCUCGCUGGUAUUUCAGUCGAUCGCCCCGAAGAUCCUGUUCUCUGCGCUCUCUUUUAUGAGCAGGUGCGUGAGUUCCGCUGUCUCGAGCUCGAUAUGCAGCUAUGGGACAGGGACGUAUCCGUACGGAACUACGCAUACUUGCGAACCGUCUGCGUCAAUGCGAUUACAACUUUGGCGCCGGGACGCAAUCAGGAGAAGAUAGACGAUACGCUGCGCCUGCGCACGGUAGCCCGCGCAGAUCUUCAUCCCGAGGUCAAAGGGGUUCAAGAUCGCCAGGGCGUCGUGACUCCAGGAAAGGGAGUCCGUACCGAAGGAGCUCGCCAAGACGCUCGUCACCCAGACGAUCCUCCCCGCGACGUGGAUCGCCAAGACGAUAUUCCCGCAGUCCGGGACGAGCAGCUCCCGCCCCGACUCGCCCGAUGUCGCGAUCCCCGCGAGGACGGGAAAUCUGCUACGAUUUCAAGAAAGGCAGAUGUACGCGAGGAAGCGGAUGCAAGCACUUGCUCGAGAGGAGACAAGUGUCCAUAUAAGCAUGUGAAGCCGGGUGCCCCAGCUGAGAGCACUCCUGCCGCCGCUCCUGCGCCUGCUGAGCCCGCGCCGACAUCAAGGCGGGCAAUGACAGCAUCCUCCAUCGGAGACUUCGCCUUCGCUUGCGUUGCAUCAUUCGAUAUUAUGGCAUGUCCGUCAGUCAAGCGGAAGACAGUAUCGUUUGGGAAUACUGAGACCCGCGUGAUAGAGUCUUCUUUCCCGGAGCCAAACUUCGGUCCCGUCAAUCGUAAGAGGCGAAGGGCGCAUAUGAAGGCUGUGCUUUGGAGAGACCAGGUUUUGCUCGAUGACGUUGAUGCCAAAACGCUAGGUAAUGAUGCUUGUGUUCUUGAGCUCACGCUUUCUCAGCGGAGCGCUUGCGAGGUCUUUGCUGCUGCUGUCAAGUCUAUUAAGAGGGUCCGGAGACUUAUGCUCGACUCCGGUUGCGGUAUAGACCUUAUUGGUCUCGGUGAUCUGUCCCGCGAGGAAAGGGAUCUGAUAGUUCAGAAUGCUAAGAUCAGCCUUAGGACCGCCAAUGGAAAGACUAACACCAAAGGUGUUGCCCAUAUGCGCAUUGACGGCCUUGAUGAGCUGAUUGAAGCAUAUGUGCUGGAAAGCACACCAAGUCUUCUUUCCCUACGGAAGCGAUGCAAGGAGCUUGGAUACCGAUUUAUCUGGGAACCAUUUUGCGAUCCGAUAUUCUUUGAUCCCAAAGGGAGACAACUCAAGAUUGAUGUUAUCAAUAACAUCCCCUACCUCGCUCCGAGCGAAACCGAGGUAGUGGCGGGUCGACCUGAUCUCCCUCGUGUGUAUCCGGCACUCCCAGCACCGAUCAUUAUUCACGAGAAAAUCGUGGCCGCGGGUGAAGAACCUGUGGGCGAGCUAGACGAUAUCGGAGAGCUCGAUCUUGAUAUGCCUGGUGUUAAGAGUGCCCAGAAGGGUGCACCUGACGAUGUCAAGAAGGUGCCCGACAAACCCAAGCAUCAGUCGCCGCCCGAUGAACCAAGAGCGCGCGAUCUGAGGGAGGAGGCUAAGUCCAUCCGUCACCUUAUGACCCAUCUACCUAUAGGCUUUGGCGCGGUAGUCGGCCAACUUCUCCUGCUGCUCGUCAGAGAGGGUCAGGCCGAGGAUGGUGACCAGUUCGUCCACAUCCAUUGGGAGUGA